AGGGACAUAACUUCACCUGACACCGUAACUCAUAAAUAACGUCGGACAUGACACAUGUUGUCCGCUCGGUUCGUGUCUCUCUUCUUCUUAAAAGGGACUUUGUCCCUCGACUCCGCCUCUACACACCGUUAACUGGGGUCCGGUGCCAAAGGACAGCGUCCACAUCCUCAUUUCGUCCAGUCUUGCCACUGACCACUCUUCACUUAACGACGACCACACAAUCCUCGCACAACCCUGUUGCCGGUGGCGCUCUACCCACCUGCAAAUUAAACCCACUUCGUACGUUUUACAAUGGCCCAAAUCAACCCUUCGGGUGUUGGUUUGGGCCUAUGGCUCCGGGUGUCCUGCUCCGGGACUUGAACAGUCUGAUUGUUAUUCAACGACGACAUAAGAGGAACUUUAAGAAAGGUCGAAGGAAGGAAACGCAAGACCAUUCUGAUGAUGAAGAGGAAGAGGAAGAAGAGUACGAAGAGGAAGAUUAUUCUUUACCCUUGAAUUACAAACAGUUACAGGUUCAUGCCAAGUCUGCCAGAACUGACCACAUGCUCAGCUCUGGACUAAACAUAUCUCGAAACCAAAUUGACCAAUAUUUCUACAGUGGUAAAUUAAGACUGAACAAUGAAAAACUGCUGAAGAAGGGUAAAGUUAUGAAGGAAGGCGACUUUGCUGAUUUAAUUACUGCAGACAUUUCCAGCGAUAGCGUUGGUGAUGCUGCUGAUAUCAAAGUGAAAAGAGUAAAAGUAUUGAAGAUAUCAGAACCUAAAACUCAAAAUGACAACCACACCGUGCUCCUGAGAGUUUGGCGCACAGCAUUUCCACCUGGCGUUCCUGAAGGUUCCUAACCAUGUUGUUGUUGUUGUUGGCCCAAAUCAUCAGACUUUAGUAAAGGACUAUUUGUGUGAUUCAUCGUUGAAAGGACAGAGCUAAUGGACAACUUGUCGAUGAAGAUUAUCAACAAACAUCACCAAUUUUUAAAAAUCUUUACAUUGCAAGGUGCAGAAUGUAGACAUACAUACAUACAUACAUACAUACAUAAAACCGGCUUCCACUCCGUUACUGUCGACCAAUUUCGCUCACAAAGCAUUAGUCAGUCUCAUGCUACAGCAGAAGAAGACACUUGCUCGAAGGUGCCAUUCACGGCGAUAGAACUCAAAACUGUAUGUUAACAAAGUGAACUUCAUUACAUACAGAUGUGUGUGUGUGUCAUUUUAUGAUGUUCAAAUGGAAAUGUAGCUACAAAUAACUCCAAAAACGAAGUAAAAAACCUUUCACAUAGAACAA